CCACCAACAACAACAACCGCAACCAACAACCCCAGCACCGCACCCGCCGCGAACACCAACCCCAGCGCCCAACCGACCCAAAUCCCCUCCACCUCCCUCAAAGACAGCGGCAAAUCGCGACGUCCGCGCGAUGUCCGACUCAUCCAUAUGCUCCUCUCCUCGCUGGGAGUAACAGCAUACCAAGAGCGCGUACCACUGCAACUUCUCGACUUCGCCUACCGCUACACGUCCUCGGUGCUGCAAGAUGCCGUGCAUCUCGCGACAGAAGGCUACGCUGGUGGUCCCGAGGCCGCUGGUGGUGGUGGAAGCUCCCGCGCCGGCGCGUCCGAAAUCAAUACUGUGUCGUUACCGGCGCUGCGGCUGGCUAUUGCGUCCCGACUGCAUUAUCAGUUCCAGGCGGGAUUGCCGAAGGAGUUUUUGAUGGAUGUGGCGGCGGAGAGGAAUCGUGUGGCUUUGCCCGGUGCGAGUCGUGGGUUUGAUAGUCAGGGGAUGGCGAAGACGGCGGCGGCGAAUCAGAGUGUCGUUAUGGGUGGGAUGAGGUUGCCGCCGGAGAGGUUCUGUUUGACGGGUACGGGGUGGAAUAUGAGGGAGGAGUGGGAGAGUGAGGGCGAGGAGGAGGUCGAAGAGGCUGGGGAUGCUGGGAGGGAGAAUGGCAUGGGUGGUGGUGGUGCUGGGGGUGGGACGAAGGUGGAGGAGGGUGAGGGGGGUGUGGAUGAGGAGGAGGAUGGGAAGAUGGAGGAUUUUUUUGGGGAGGAUACGGCUAUGGGGGAGGGUGAUGGGGAU